UUAAACUCAUACAUUUCCCACAAUCUCUUGCAACACCACGAGUUCAGGAGGGACCAGUCAUGCGGAUGGAAAAUCUAUGCAUCCGCUCAAGACUCGCAAGAAAGUUCCAAGAAAGAUGCACGAAGAGGAUGGUGGUAAGGCCGAUCCGAACAGGAAUUCACGGGUUUUGGCUACGAAGUCUCUUGAUGUGGCCGAGCUUGAUGCUUCGAAGGAAGAUGCCCCCAAAUUAUGCGGCUACUUGAACAAACUUGCAGGCAAGGGGCCGUUGAGGGGCUUCAAGACCCGAUGGUUUGUCUACGACCCGAGGAAAUGCUAUCUAUAUUACUUCAAGAGUCCCCAAGACGCUCUCCCACUCGGACAUAUUGAAAUAGCCGAUGCAUGCUUCAGCUAUGAUGUGGAAGGAGAAGAAGGACAGUUCGAGAUACGCACUGCUGGGAAGGAGUUUUUACUCAAGGCUCCUAAUAAGCAGGUGAUGCAGUACUGGCUGCAGCAGCUGCAGCAAAAACGCUGGGACUUCUGUAACACCCGCGGGGCCGGCACCGUCAGGGACAGCUGGAGCUCCCCCACCACCCUCUACCCCCUCACCGGCCUGGUGGCCAAAGACACAGGCACCGCUGCGGCUGUGCUGUAUGAGAAGCCCAGCGAGUGCAUGGAAAGCGUGCGGAGCGACUUCACCGUGGAGACGAACACCAACGGCCUGGUGGGCGUCCAGUCGGCACGGCAACCCACCCCAGCCCUAAACUCCUUGAAGAACUGGGGCUCUGAGCUCAGGAACUCCAUGUCUCACCUGCGUGCCGGUCGGGGCAGUGAGAACAGGCGCAGCGUCUUCUACGCGGGGCCCAGUGAGGACUGGGAGAUGUUGGACCAUCCAGCCAAGGACCCCCCUGAACACAAGCCCCAGACGGAGCACCCACGCCGUGAGAGCCCUUCACACGCACACAGACAUUCCAUCGGCUCAGCGUUCACCUUCGACUUCGGGCGGAGCACGGGACGGGCGAGGCGCCCCUUCCUGCGCGAAGGGCUCCUGGGCUCUGCCCGGUCCAGCCGCAGCGCCGAGGGGUCUCCGGUGGAGUGUAACGGCAAUAAGGGCUCCGAGCUGCAGCUGCGCCUCCACAACCAGCAGGAGGAGCUCUCGCGCAUGCAGGAGGAGCAGACACACCUCAGGGAGGAGCUCGCCGGACAGAAGGAGCUGGUGCGACUCCUCCAGCAGACGCUUCGGAGUACCCAGUGCGAGCGGCGCCCGGCGGCGGCGGCGGCGCCAGCGUCGGGUGAUCCCGGGCAAGCGCAGGCCCAGGCAGACGCCCUCCUUCAGGAGCGCGAGGGGCAGAUCCAGGCCCUCUGCGGACACAUGGAGCGGCUGGCCCUGGAGAAAGACAGCCUGCAGCAGGAGCUGAAGACGCUCAAGAUCAAGGUGGGCGAGAUCAACGAGCAGCUGGGCAUGCUCAUGGAAACCAUCCAGGCCAAGGACGAGGUCAUCAUCAAACUGUACCAGCAAGAGGAGGAGGAGGGUGGGCAGGCGGCCGAAGGAGGCUCCCCACUCGCCAACAAGGACCAGCUCGAGUUCGCCACCCUCAAGGACAAUCUAGAGGGCUACAAAUCCCAGAACAAUUUCCUGAACAAGGAGAUCCUGGAGCUGACUGCCCUACGCAGGAAUGCUGAGAGCAGGGAGAAAGCUCUGGAGGCAAAGUUCACAGCCCGGGAGGCCAAGCUGUGCCAGGUGGAGAGUAAGUACCUGGUGCUCCUGCAGGAGGUAAAGACUCCUUUGGGCGCCUCCUCCGAGGUCAUCACCCGGCUCCUGGAGGACGCGCUGGAGGUGGAGAGCGGAGACCAGCAGGAGCAGACCUUCCUCAAGCCUCACACCGUCAGUGAGUAUGAUGUCUACGGCUUUAAGACUCUCCCAGAGGAGGAGGACGAGGAGGAGAUGCUGGUGGCGAAGGUGCGGGCUCUGGACCUGAAGACGAUCUCGCUGACCGACCAGGAGGUGUCCGUGAGCGUCAAGUGGGACAACUACCUGGCGGGCACCAUGAACCGGGAGAUGACGCGCUCCCCCGAGCUCAAGGCGCUGAUCCGCAGCGGUGUGCCGCACGUCCACCGGCCCAAAGUCUGGCGCUGGUGCGUGUGGCUGCACACCAGGAAGGUCCGAGAGUGCCUGGCGGAGGACUACUACCGGGGUCUGCUCAGUCUGGCCGGCGAGAAGCAGAACCCGGCCUCCAAGCAGAUCGAGCUGGACCUGCUCCGCACGCUGCCCAACAACAAGCACUACUCCUCGCCCUCCUCCGACGGCGUCCAGAAGCUGCGCAACAUGCUGCUGGCCUUCUCCUGGAGGUGCCCCGACAUCGGAUACUGCCAAGGCCUCAACAGGCUGGCAGCCAUAGCCCUCCUGUAUCUGGAGGAGGAGGAUGCCUUCUGGUGCCUCACUGCCAUCGUGGAGGUCUUCAUGCCACGAGACUACUACACCAAAACACUGCUGGGCUCCCAGGUGGAUCAGCGCGUGUUUAAGGACCUGAUGUGUGAAAAGCUGCCGCGGCUGCACGCUCACUUUGAGCAGUACAAGGUGGAUUUCUCCCUCAUCACCUUCAACUGGUUCCUGGUGGUGUUUGUGGACAGUGUGGUCAGCGACAUCCUCUUCAAGAUCUGGGAUUCCUUCCUGUACGAGGGGCCUAAGAUCAUCUUUCGCGUUGCCCUUGCCGUCUUCAAGUACAAAGAAGAGGAGUUUCUGAAACUGCAGGACUCCAUGGCCAUAUUCAAAUAUCUCCGCUACUUCACGCGCACCAUCCUGGACUCAAGGAAGUUGAUGAACAUAGCGUUUGUGGACAUGAACCCGUUCCCUCUGCGCCAGAUCCAGAACCGGCGCACGUUCCACCUGGAGAAGGUCCGUCUGGAGCUGACCGAGCUGGAGGCCAUCCGCCAGACGUUCCUGCGGGAACGCGAGAUCUCCCAGCAGGGCCGCGACCUCAUCAGCGACGACGAGGAAGACAACUAGACACGCAGCAGCCAAUCAGGUCACAGGAUUUCUAUUUCAGCCCGCCUCUUGCGACUUCUGGAACUGCCCCGGGACCUAUCACAGAGAGGUUCCCACCCCUCUAAGGACAGUGUUGCCCUCAAGUGACUCAGACAGGAAGUAGCAAUGCUGAAUGCUUGUGUUAUUAGCAGCGUGGUUUUAGCGGCUGUGCUCCAGGCUGUUGGACCAAAGACGCACGCACAGCCAGUACCCCAACAGUAUUUCUGCCAGUCCCUCUGGGCUGGCCGGUCUGAUAGAUUGUGUUUGCUUCAGAGAUGGCCAAACUGCCAUUGGGCGCCAUCCUACAGUACUUCAAUGCAAAUCAGUAUUUUCACAGGGAAACAACGGACUCCUUAAAAAUCGUUCAGAAUUCUCAGUGAUUUGAUCAUGUUGGUGAUCCUUUUCAGUCAUUACAGUAACAUUUGUCUGUAAAAUGAUAUAUUACAUUUAGUUAUUUUGCUUUCAUGAUGUAUGUAUUAUACCACUUGAUGAUUGUGUGUAUAUUCCACAAAUCUGCUCUCUCUCUCUCUCUCCCUUGUGUACAUGUCUUCUAAGGCACUUCAAUCACUUUACCCUGGAAGUAUAGCUGCUGCCAGUAUUCUCCUUGAUCAACCCAAACAGAGUGUGCCUGUCCUUUCAGUCCGCAUGUUCUGUUCUAGAAUUAGCACAAGGUCAUUCUAGAUCGUUCAGUCUUACAAACCUCUAGAACGGAUUGACCAAAGAAGCUGCUGAGAGACGAGGACCUCUCUGGUUCCAGAUGGAUUGAACGUAAGUGGGUUUACAGUCCUGCUGCAGCAGUGUUUAGCACACACUGCUAAGGUUGUCCCUGGCGAAUGCUUCUUGUGAUUUAUAUUAGCGCGCAGCUGCAGUGCUCUGCAGUAUGGCUACAUUAUAAAAGAGCUAGGCUGGCAGAUUACGCCUCACCUUUUGAGAAAUGCCACAGCUAGUUCUUCCAUUUCCCUCAAGCCCUAGUUCUGUUUUUAUUCAAGUUUAUCUCGGGAUCAGUCCUAAAAUGUAUGGCUGUAAAUGAGGCAUUUGCUCAAGACAAAUCUUACAAUCCAGACCACAGUGUUAACCGACUGUACACCCUACUUGCCUUGCUGCAGAAGAAACACUGCACUCUAUCAAGAUGUAUCAUGUAUUCCUCCUGUCAGCCACUAGAUGGCACUAGUGCACUCAUUAGCUAUCUGCCUCUAUACUGUUGUGUUUACUCACAGUUUACCAUUGACUGAAGGACUUUUUUUUACUUUUUUGGGAAUCAGUACAAAAAGGACGUGUAUUUUUAAUCAAGUAUAACAUUUGAUUAUGGUUCGUUUGUGGAGACUUAAGACAUGCCAGUGCCAAAUUUUGUUCACAGAAGAAAUGGAAUUGGACCAUCAGAGCUCACUCAUGAGGGAUUCUUGUAAAGCCUUAUCUGUUAUUUUGCACUUUUCUUCAGCUCUGAGGCCCAACUUCUGCUGCGUAUGUUUCCCAGUCUCUUUCCUUGUACAUUUCCAGCGUUUUCCUCAUCUCAUGUUCGAUGGCUAUGCCUUUUCUGUCAAUCCUUCAAAAUUAAUAUCUUUUAUAUGUCUUUGCUUCUGGUUCAACUUGAAUCUCUCUUUCUAUGUAUUAUACAAGUGGGAACUGUAACAUUUUUAAAAUACUUUUUCCCCUUUUGUCAUAUACUAUGACAUGUCCUUUUGUCAUAUAUACUAUGACAUGUCCUUCUGAAGCCCUUUCCUACUAUGCAAUACCUGCUGCAGUGUCCUGGCACAGUCACACACAGAAUGUUGGACGAGACACGACGAAGAGAAAAAUGACAACUGUGAAUUUUGAAUUUCUCUGUGAGAGCUGGUCUCUCAGGUCGCCCUGUUACGUUCUCCCCCCUCGUUUUGCACAGUCUCCACAGUAUCCCAGGACAACGCUGGUACAAAUCUACUUACAAUCAGGUUUAGAUCUGGUUCUGGUGUAGACAUGGUCAUCUUCUAUUUUUUUUUUUCACUUUGUUUUCAAAUGAUGUUUCAAAUGAAUAAACUGUCCUGCACCCAAUGCUUCAUCUUCAGUCAGGAUUUCAUGUCUCUGUUCUUCAGCACCUCAGGGUGGGGUGGAGUGCUUUGCUUAAUGACUUAAACUGGUAUGGGCCUCCUCCUCCUCCAUUCUCCAUCCUCCACACCCUAGCUGUGUCGCUGGGCUCUCCUGGCUCCUCCUCUCUCCCCCGCAGGGCUUCCGUGUCUGCAGAAGUGAUAAGAGAGGUGUCUACUACUCCUCACUCCCCUGCAGAAGUGAUAAGAGAGGUGUCUACUACUCCUCACUCCCCUGCAGAAGUGAUAAGAGAGGUGUCUACUACUCCUCACUCCCCUGCAGAAGUGAUGAGAGGUGUCUGGACUACUCCUUGCUCCCCUGCAGAAGUGAUGAGAGGUGUCUGGACUACUCCUCGCUCCCCUGCAGAAGUGAUGAGAGGUGUCUGGACUACUCCUCGCUCCCCUGCAGAAGUGAUGAGAGGUGUCUGGACUACUCCUCGCUCCCCUGCAGAAGUGAUAAGAGGAGGUGUCUGGACUGUACAGUUGCUGUUGAGUUGUUUUGUUCACUUAAAUCACAUAAGCUAUGAUGUCAUUCCAUUUUCCUUUUUGCUCUCUUUGUAUUCUUUUUUGUUUUAUGGCUCAUAAUAACACAUUGCUGAGGUGUGCUCGUGGACAUUCAACUUUACUAUCUACCCACCACCAUGGCUAGCUUGACCUUUGACCUUUCUGUUGGAAAUGUAAGGUCUAAUUGUCUAUGUUGACACCUGUUCAAAAUGACGAUACAGGUAGAAAGUGCUGUUCCCUUCAUUUGAAAGUGACAGACAACCUGUUAUGUGUUACAGUGUAAUCUUUCUUGAAUUUUUUUUUAUAAAUAGCAUGCUUACUUAAUAAACAUUGUUAUUCUGCA